GUUUAUUUGGCUCACAGUUUGAAUGCACAGUCCAUUGUGGCAGGAACAUGAAGCAACUGUCGUUGCAUCCUUUGGUAGGACUGGGGGAGUGAAUGAUUAAACUUUCCUGGGAACACCCUUAUAGACAUUCUCAGGGGCAUUUCCAUGGUGAGUCUAGAUUUGUUCAAGUUGACAGUGAAGAUGAAACCACCAUAGUCACUAACAAAGUGAUGGGAAGUUUUUCUUUCCCUGACGUUCUGGUAACUUAAAAUUUGUAUCCAGUUUCUUCAGUUCCUUGGAUUCUCUGCUAUGUUGCUGUGAGGAAUAGGGGUUUCCUGUGAGGAUCUCCGGGCAAACUUUCUCACCCCCUUUCCAGUGCCAGUGUGUUGUCCUGUAACCACUGAAGACUGUGGUCCAGUGAGGUCUAGUGGCCUUCCUCACUUUGUAUCUCUAGCUGUGGGAUUUGUCAUUCUUGAGAGAGUGGUAACAUCACUCCUGUCUGGCUUUGAUUAGCAGCAUGCCUUACUCUGUUUUGGAAAGUGCUUUACCAUUGUGCCAUGUCUUAAGCCUUAUCUGGCUCUUCUGACCUUCAAACAGACGAUUUGUGAUUAAUAAUAAUAAUACCACGUAACUAUUUAACCUGCCUCAUAUUACUUAAUUUCCCUCAAUUAAAGAGAAAAUACUUAAAAUAUUUUUCCAUUUUUAAAUUGCUAACUUCAAAAAUGGGCAAAGUUUUCAGAGUUAAAGUGUGUGUUUGCUUCAUUUAUUACACUUUUCUAGCAGUGUCUCUCAAUUCACUCUCAAGGUGGUAGUCAGAGUUCGUUUUGUUUAUUUUUGAGAAGAAAAGAAUGCCCAGUGAGUUGCAAACAAACAAGAAAAUAGGAGGGGAGUAAUUGGGGAAAAAAAGAGUCAGAAGGAUGUGGAGGGAGGAAGGACAGGAUGGGGUGUGAAAAGGCAGCUUGGAGGUGACUGUGAUCAAGUGUGUUCUUUACUUGUGUGAAACUGUUAAAACAAAAAAAAGGUAGGGAGCAAUUGAGGAGACAUCUGAAGUCAGCCUCUGACCUCUGUGUUAGCAAAUCUCUCUUCUUUCUCUCCCUUCCCGUUUCUUUCUUACCUCCCUCUUUCUCUCUCCCCACCUUCUUCUGCCUCUGGGAAUUGAACUGAGGGCCUUCCUUGUACAUGCUAGGAGAAUUUUAAACACAAAGACUAUAUAGACCAUCAGAAGGAUAAAGUUGCUUUAACAUUGGCUCGCCUUGCCCGUCAUGUUGAAGUGGAAAAACAACAAAAAGAAGAGAAGAAUAGAGCAUUCAGGGAAAAACUUGAUUUUCAACAUGCUCAUGGUUUACAAGAAUUGGAGUUUAUUCAAGGACAUUCAGAAACAGAAGCAGCAAGACAGUGUGUGGACCAGUGGCUAAAAAUGUCAGGACUCAAAACAAGUGCAAUUAAUUCUGGGAAAAAAAAAUCAUUCCAAAGUGGAGGCAGAAUGGGGAGGUCUGAGAAGCCAAUUCUGUGUCCUAUAAUGCACUGUAACAGGGAAUUUGACAACGGGCACCUUCUCUUAGGACAUUUGAAAAGGUUUGAUCACUCCCCAUGUGAUCCAACAAUUACAUUACAUGGACCUCUCGCCAAUUCCUUUGCUUGUGUUGUAUGUUAUGAACAUUUUGUUACUCAACAGCAGUAUAGGGAUCACCUUCUCGCUAAGGCAGCUGCAGCCGAUGGACAUAGCAGUAGCCUACUUCCUCAGAUUAUUCAGUGUUUUGCGUGUCCACAUUGCUUUCUUUUGUUUAGCACCAAGGAUGAGUGUUUGAAGCAUAUGUCUGCAAAGAAUCAUUCCCAUCAGAGUUUUAACCUGGGCGAUGGUAAGGCAACAGCUCAUCCAAUUUCCUUUCCAUCUUUUGCAAAGAAACUUUUGGUCACCCUGUGCAAAGAUGUUCCAUUUCAAGUGAAGUGUGUGGCUUGUCACCAGACUUUGCGUUCCCACAUGGAGCUCACUGCCCAUUUCAGAGUUCGUUGUAGAAAUGCUGGACCUGUAGCUAUAGCUGAGAAAAGCAUUACUCAGGUUGCAGAAGAAUUCAUAGUAAGAGGUUAUUGUUCAAAUUGCAACCAAAUCUUUGUGGAUGAAGCCAGCAUCGAAAGUCACAAGAAUUCCGGACACAAAGUCGCAGUUGCUAACUCAGUGGAAGAGUCAGUCUUGCUCUACUGCCACGUCCGGGAAGGGAGUAAGCCGCCUUGUGACUUGCAUUUAUUCAAUCAACCAAAGUUUUCAUCCCUUAAACGGGUUAUGUCUAUUAAAGAGUCCAGCCCAGAGGACUGUGUUGUUCCAAAAAAGAAGCUAAAUUUAGGAGGCGAAAACCAUGGAGGACCAGCCUGUGUGCAGAGACAGAGUUCAGCAGUUACAGCCUGGUGUUGUGAGUGCAGUCGGCGUUUUCCAAAUGAAGAGGCAGUAGAAAGACAUGUCUUCUCGGCAAACACAAUGUGUUACAAAUGUGUGGUCUGUGGAAAGGUGUGUGAAGACUCAGGAGUCAUGCGCUUGCACAUGAGCCGGUUCCAUGGAGGGGCACAUCUAAAUAACUUUCUAUUUUGGUGUCGGACUUGCAAAAAAGAGCUAAUAAAGAAAGACGCCAUCAUGGCACACAUUACUGAGUUUCAUAAUGGGCAUAGAUACUUUUAUGAGAUGGAUGAGGUAGAAGACGAAGCCUUGCCAUCGUCCUCUGUAGUGAAUUUGAAUGCUGACAAGCCACCUUCACCCAUUACUGUUGUCGAUCAUUGCCUGACAAACAGUCCUCCAAGGGGCAGGUGGCAGUGCCAGAUCUGUGAAGAUAUGUUUGAUUCCCAGGAAUGUGUCCAACAGCACUGUAUGUCCUUGACCAGCCACCAGUUUCACAGGUACAGCUGUGCCCACUGCAGAAAGACUUUUCAUAAAGUAGAGACUUUGUACCGACAUUGCCAAGAUGAGCAUGACAAUGAGAUCAAGAUUAAGUACUUCUGUGGGCUAUGUGAUCUUAUUUUUAACACGGAAGAAGCAUUUCUGAGUCAUUAUAAGGACCACCACAGCACAGACUAUGUGUUUGUGUCAGAAAAGACUAAGCCCUCAAUUAAAACCGAGGAGGAUUUUAAAAUAAUAGAGACCAGUAAUUUGUUAAGCUGUGGUUGUCAUGAGAGCUAUGUCUGUAAAGUCAACAGAAAGGAAGAUUACGAUCGAUGUCUUCAAGUCAUGCUAGAAAAAGGGAAACUGUGGUUCCGCUGCAGUGGGUGUUCAGCGACAGCACAGAAUUUAGCCGACAUAAAUACUCACAUCCACCAAGUGCACAGAAGAGAAAAAAGUGAUGAGGAACAGCAGUAUGUGAUCAAGUGUGGCAUCUGCACCAAAGCAUUUCACAAUGCUGAGAGUGCUCAGCAGCACUUCCACAGAAAGCAUGGUACCUUCCAGAAACCCAGUGUGACUCAUGUUGGAUCAGACAGAGGAAGCACGUGCAAGUUUGCUGCCAGUGUGUCCCACACUGAGAAAAAACUGCAGAAACAUUCUGACGUGGAGAAAGCAGCUGAGCGUGACAUGAGCUGCCAGAAUCUAGAGGAGGAAGUUGAGCUUCCAGAUGUGGACUACCUGCGAACCAUGACUCAUAUAGUCUUUGUAGAUUUUGAUAACUGGUCGAACUUUUUUGGUCAUCUACCUGGGCACCUUAAUCAAGGAACGUUUAUUUGGGGCUUUCAAGGAGGAAACACCAAUUGGAAGCCUCCACUCAGCUGUAAGGUGUAUAACUACUUGAAUAGAAUUGGAUGCUUCUUCCUUCAUCCUCGCUGUAGUAAAAGAAAAGAUGCUGCUGAUUUUGCCAUAUGUAUGCAUGCUGGCCGACUAGAUGAACAACUGCCCAAACAAAUUCCUUUCACCAUCCUCUCGGGAGACCAAGGUUUUCUGGAGCUAGAGAAUCAAUUUAAGAAGACUCAGAGGCCGGCUCACAUACUAAACCCUCACCACUUAGAAGGAGACAUGAUGUGUGCCUUGUUAAAUAGCAUAUCUGAUACUACCAAAGAGUGUGACAGUGACGACGGCACUGGUGUGAAAGGCACUCCCGUGGAGGAGCUCAGAUCCACAGAGGAUGUGGAAUUAGAAGAAGCUAUUAGAAGAAGUCUUGAGGAAAUGUAAUUAAAGUUAUUACCACACAACAUCAAGUGGCCUUGAAGAGACUCAGGAAAAUGAAUUCUUGACUUUGUAUUCUAAAGGAGACAAGAAAUCUACUUGGAUAAAUGUUUCUAAAAACAAGUUUUAUUCUUUCCUAUGUUCAGAAUCUUGGAUUUGCUUUGUAUUUUGUGCUAUUGUAUAAAACUGGAUGAAAGGAACAGAAAACAUACCAAUGCAAGCAUAAAUCAUAUUCUAGAAAUGGGUGUUGCGUUUUUCCAGCUAACUUAGAAUCCAUGCAUUUAGGUUAAGAUCAUCGUUUAGAAGGAAAAACGUGUGUGAAGCUCUUGACUGUUGUAUGUUUCUCUGUAGUAUUGUGUCUUUAGUUUAUUUGUACUGUAUAAAUGGCUCUAGUUUAUUUUUUUAGGAAUGAAAAUGAAUAUAAAUAAAAGGUGCCAUAACUCAGUUUUUUCCAGAAAUUCUGUGUGUUAUGUGACCCUAAUGUAAGCUCUACCUUUGAGAUCAUUGUUUAUGAUUAUUAGAAGAGGGUAUUGGAAGUUGGUUAUAGACACAUAUUAAAGCCAGCAAGGUUCUAUGUGCUAUCAUGCAGCUGUAUGCGUGCUCUAAGUAGAGCUGCACAUUGCUACAAUAAAAUCAUCUUUGAAACUUU